ACUGUAUCACUUCAGACUGCAAGUGGAAGGUAGGGUUUUUAAAUGCUCUCCCUCAUAAUAGUUAAAAAAAUAUAUAUAUAGCAUGUUGGGAACAAGUGUUCAACUCAGGGGUGCAAACAGAGGAAAAGCUUAAGGAGCACCUCAUUAAUUUUAUUUUGUGGAUAGGUAUGGGCUAUUAAAGGCACAGUGGGGAAGUAACUUGCCUAGGGAGCAAGAGGCUGCUGGUUCAAAUCCCUGCUUGUAUAUUUCCCAGACUAUGGGAAACACCGAUAUCGGGCAGAUAUAGGAAGAUGCUGAAAGGCAUCAUCUUAUACUGCCGGGAGAUGGCAAUGGUCACCCCCUUCCCUAUUCUACCAAAGACAACCACAUGGCUCUGUGGUCGCCAGGAGUUGGCAGGUGGUGUGAUAAAAUGCAGGAGAAACUGCUCAAUUGGUUAAGGGUGAUGUGCACUCUUGGUUCAGUCUAACCCUUUCCCUUCAGAGCUAUUUUUCGAUGUGCAGGGAUCUUCUGUGGGGAGGGAUGCACAAAUCACACAUCUGCAGCUUGAAGUGAUACAGUCCAGGAAAAGGUUACUCAUUGAUUUUGCUGAAUGUUUCAAGUAUUGUCAGCAGUCUGUCUGUGAGCACAGCAAAAAGAGAAUCUGGUGUUUAGUAGGUGCCAGCAUGAAUUUGUCAGACUGGAGUAAUCUCCCCUCCUCUUUUAACAGAGUUACUAGUUUAGUAGAGGACAGGGAUGCUGUGGACAAAGUGUGCCUUGAUUUCUGCAAAGCAUUUGACUCAGUCCCCACAAUAUCCUCCUUGACCUCUGUGGAGAAUGGGGCCAAAAACUCCAUGUUGUAGGUUUGCUUGGUCUUUAUUUUGAUUUAUAUUUAAAAUGGCUGUCCAUUCCCCAUUUGCGUUGCUGGAGUAGAUGAAACCUUGACCUUUUCUCUACCCCAGGGUUGUUUUUCUGUCUGGUGUUCAUCCCUGCCCCACCCCCCACCCCUAAGUUCUGGUUUGUGUUUGCCCUGAUUGGCUAAUGCAGGGCGCUUUCCAGAUUAGACUCUGAAAUUAUGCAGGGAUUGCGGAGUCACAACACAGGAAGUAUGGAAGCACACUGAGCAGAUCAGACAUUGUUGUAGGGUUUAAUCUGGAAAGCGCCCUCAGGAGGUGGGCAGAGUUCCAGGGAUUAAAAGGGGAGGUUGGAACAGUUUAGGGAGCAGGAGAGCAGUUGGAGGAGCUGAAUAGCAAAGAAGAGCUGAAGAUCACACAGAGGAGCCGGAUCCCUCUUGGAGCAGCUGGAGGGACAGACAGCAGCAGCAGGACCAGACAAGGCAGCGCUGAGCAGAGAGGGAGAGAGACAGGCUUGCAGGGAAGCCAAGUGGGCUGACUAAGAGCUGCUGGUGAGGUGCCUGUUAGGGCCAGCGUGGAGUGUCCGAUAAUCGCUGGAUGGGCUUAUCUCAUUUUCUUCUUCUUCUUCUUUGCUCUUAUGGUUGUUAAAGAUAGCUUUUGCAAUGUUCAAAUUGGUAUUUUUCCCUCUCAAGUAAAGAUUUCACCUCUUGAUUAAAUUCUGGUGUAGUCUCUGUCUGUGUUCUCCACCCCAGGCUUAAAUGCCACACCACCCUGCCUAGAUUGAGUGAGAGACGGAAGGUUGAUGGGCUGCCAAGUGGAGACAGCCAGGAAACAUAAGGAAUUCCACUUGGGGUCAGCAGCAGUAAAGCUGGUCAAAUCAUGGGGCUGGUUGAGACCAGACCCUGACAAUCUCUCUCAUAAUCUGAUCUAUUUAACCUAACUAGCCUUUGCCUGCUGCUGCUUCUACAAUUAUACUGGAUUCUCUGGAUAAAUCAGAGUGCAGCAAAAUCCCCUCUAAAGCUUCCCUGAGAAUUACUUGCUGCUUUCUGUAACAAUUCUCUCUUUCAAAAACGGAAGACCAGAAUGGGCGAGGUCUAUUGGUAUAAAAUAGCACAUGGUUUCCAUAGAUGGUGUGUGUUUGCCAUCAGGGAGCAUUUAUGGCUCUAGUCUGGAGAGUGCCUUCAAUAGGUGGAAAGGGAAAACACAUCCACUCACUCAUUUCAUUCCACCAUUAGUGGAGAUGGUUUUGUCUCUAUGGCAAUUACUACUGACUAAUAACUUACUCCAGAGUUUUAAGUAUCCUCUCCUUUCCCACCUACGCAUCUAAUAGUGAUUGGACGAAGAAGGGGUCUUGACCAUUCAUGACCCUUGGCUAACCUGUUCCAUUUGACAUUUAAUAUCAUUGUCUAGGGGAGAUGUGAAAAAGGAACAAGGCGUGGGCCAAGUGACCCCCCUUCAAAUGGAACACCGAGCCUUGGCGUACUUUCGAUCUGAGGCAUCUUAGAGUUCUUAGAUCUCCUUGGGGACAGAAUCCAGCUGCAGGACUUCCGCGGAUUCCGAGGUGGCUUGGAUGUUACGAGAGGUCAGACAGGAACAGAGUCUGUCUGCACCAAUUUCCGGGGCAAGGAGAUCAUGUUCCAUGUCUCUACACAGCUACCCUUCACAGAGGGAGAUGCCCAGCAGCUUCAGCGGAAGCGCCACAUUGGGAACAAUAUUGUGGCCAUUGUCUUCCAGGAUGAAAAUACUCCCUUUGUCCCUGACACGAUUGCCUCCAAUUUCCUGCAUGCCUAUGUGGUAGUGCAGCUUCAUCACCAUGCCCUUGGGGAGACUCUCUACAAGGAGCGGACCCGCAGUGCUCUUCUCGAGAGUCUUUAUGAGGAGCUGCAGAUCCGGAGCCGCAGCAUGAUGGGCUUGGCCUCUGGAGAUGAUGACAAGAUAGAGAAUGGGGGUGGUGGCUUCUUUGAGAAUUUCAAGCCAACAUCAACAAUGACCACAAUCAAGAUGAACAUAAGAUGAUAAUAAUUCAUUCCUUUCAUUAUAAAAAAUCAUCAAAUUAUUUUCUCCAUGUAAACCAAGCCCCCCACACACAUGAUUUCUGGUAACAUUUUCAAUAAAAUUAAUUCAUUUAGCAUUCA